GGAAACUGGAGCGCCUGGAGGAAAGACGCAUGGUUACCGGGGGAGACUGCGUAAACUCCUUACAGACAGUGUCAGAAUUUAACCCGGAUCAAUGGUGCUGCAACAGUGUUAGGUUAACCGGUGCAGGAGUCAGCCUCGGGACGGGGCGCGGAGACGAUCUGUUGACUCUCAGGGCAGGAUCACCUGACUACAGCACAGGACUGUUCGAUUCUAACCUGCAGGAUUGGAAGCGGAACAGCAGAAACAAAGCGGGAGCAAUAUGUUGUGAGGACCCCACUCCGUGAGUCUGUCCAGGAGGUUACAAGGUCAGAGAAAGAGGUAACUUCCAGGCUUUGAAGGGAGCAGAUGCCAUUGCCAAUCAAGACACAAGAGACUGCAGAUGCUGGAAUCUGGACAACAAGCAAUCUGCUGGACGAAUUCAGUGGAUCAAACCACAUCUGUGCGGAGACAGGAAUUGAAACAUUAUCAGUUUCUUUGCCCCACAGCAAAAGGAGACAAUCAAAGAUGGAGGUGGAGAGAAGGCAUCGCCUGGGGCGCACCGUGGUGAAGCUACGGCUGGCCAGCCGCAUGGCACGAGGCAGGCGCCUUGGGAGGACGAAGGCUGGUGGCGAGCCGGUCCCCCUGCAGCGCCCGAGCAGGAGGAAGACUGCUGCCAGCAAGAGGCAGGCCCAGAAGCAGGGUGGUGAGGGCUGGCUGGGCCCGGAUACGGUGGUGAUGGGGCUGCUGUAUCUGCUGUGCGCGAUUGUGGCCGUGCAGAUGUACCACGGCGAGGACAUGGAGAAGAAUAUCCAGGCCUACGAUAUCGACCACCUCGAGAAGACACUACACAGGGAGCUGGUGGGACAGACACUGGCUAUCAACAAGCUGACCAAGCUGCUGAGGGGCUACCUGGCCACGUACUUCCAUUCCAAGCCGUUGGUCCUCUCCAUCAAUGGUCCCACCGGCGUCGGAAAGAGCUACCUGGGGAGGCUCAUCGCCAAACACUUCAGGUCCGCCCUCGGGUCCUGUGUGGUCAUUCAGCACUCCGCCAAGCACCACUCCCCGCUGGACCUGAUCUCCCGGGUCCCAGACACCUUCUCCCGAGCGCGGCAGGCCAGUCAGGUCCCGGUGCUGCUCCUUGACCAACUGGAGUACGCUGGCCCGCAGCUCCUGGACUUCCUCAGGCACCUGGUGGCCUCCCCCAGCCACACCAGUGCCGUCUACAUCCUCCUAACCAACGUCGGGAGCGAGCUGAUUGUCCAGUCCGCCCGCCACGGCUUUGGCCAGGGGGUGACGGGCCAGGUGCAGAGGCUCAGCGGGGAGCUGGCCAGGCUGACAGCCGGGGUGCACCCAAUUUGGAGGGAGGCCAAGUUCAUCCCCCUCUUCCCGCUGCACCAGCUGCAUGUGGUACAGUGCGCCCGGCAGGUGAUGGAGCGGGAGGGUUUCUACCCACAGGACCCCCGGGCGGAGGCCAUGGCCACCGGUCUGAGCUACUACAAAGCCAGGCAGCGCCUCUAUUCCAAGCAAGGCUGCAAGCCCGUGCUGCUGAGAGUCAGGAAAAUCAAGCGAGAUCAAUGGGAAAGGGGCUGGAUGUGAGGCAGC